AAUUGAACAAAGUAGCCGCAGUCUCUGAACUGCUGUCUUUAAAACAAAUAUCUCUUUGUGUGAGGUUCUUGCUUAUCUUUCAUAAAAUGUUCAUCUUCUCGAGAGUUCAAGUUAUAUAUAUUACCUUAUCCUUUCUUCUUUGUUCUGAAAGUCACUUUAUAAGAAGAGCAAUUUACAAGCACAUAGUAAUGUGUAGAGGGUUUAGCAGUAAAAGAAUUUGUACCAGAGAGUAUUUUCCAGUCUGUGCAACCAAUGGCCGUACUUAUUUCAACAAAUGCAUUUUCUGUUUAGCCUAUAGAGAAAAUGAUGGUUCAUUUAUUAUGUCACAUCUCGGCAAAUGCUAAG